AUGUUUCCAUCAGCAGACUGUACACACUGUCAACGAAGAAAGGAGUGGCUAUUACAAGGAAUAACAGAGGAACAACUUCUCGCUCAAUCUUUACAAAAGAGUAUACCUGCUUUUAGGCACAAUUUCUAAACAAUCGGAUUAAGCGAUAUCAUAUUGCAGCUGAACCAUGCCUGUGUCUAGGAUGAGAAUGAGGCCUUGGUUGGAGGAAAAGCUUGAGUCCAACUCCAUCAGUGGAUUGGUGUGGGUGGACAAGGCCAAGAUGAUUUUCUCCAUCCCAUGGAAGCAUGCUGCACGUCAUGGAUGGGACUUGAACAAGGAUGCCUGUCUGUUCCAGCAAUGGGCCAUGCACACAGGGAAAUUCAUACAAGGCAAGACUGAACCAGACCCUAAGACAUGGAAGGCUAAUUUCCGCUGUGCAAUGAACUCCCUUCCUGACAUAGAGCAAGUGAAAGACAAAAGCAUCAACAGAGGGUGUGGAGCGGUGCGCGUCUACAAAAUGCUGGACGUCUGCUCGAAGCGAAAUAGCAAGAGGUCAAAAGCAAACAAUGUCAAUAAAAAUAACAAGGGGUCAAAGACCAAGACAGAGGGAAUGGACUCCAGUGAAACCUGUUGCCCCGAGGACUGCAAUACCAACACACACCUGCACGAGGACAAAAUUAAACAUGAAAGCAUGGUAGACAGCACAGACAACCUAGAUUUUACAACAUACGAAACUAAUACUCCAGACUUUUCCAUCUCUGUGGAAAUAGGCCCAGACAGCACCAACGACUACCACGUGCCUUUCGAAGUGUCACCAGAGCACUCCACAGAAUAUGAAGACAACGAAUCCCUUACUGAGAUUGCACAGUAUUGGGAGCAAUUGCAGCAGCAAGGCAGUGCAAACGACAAGGGGAUCCUGAGCAGUGAAGUAAGCACAGCAGAGUCAUUCAACAUCGCAGAGUCUUAUCACAGUUCAGAGAGCCAAUGGAGUGAUAACUCAGGGACGGAAAUAGAGCUGCGUCUGUACACAGAACUCCAAGGACUACCAUAUACUGAAGACUUCUUCUCUUGCGCCGACACCUGGACACUGAACAACAACACAACCAGUUAUCUCCAACAGAUCCCCUGCCCACUCUGAGCCCCCGCUCUGCACUCUCUCAGACCCUGUACAGAACCAAAAGACUUCACUCCGACUUCUUCUUUAUCUCAUGACCUCAAGCUACACCAUCUUUGCCAUUUGGCGUCUGCUGCUCUGUGACAGUUGAAGGAUCUCUAAAACCUUAGGUAGCAUUUUUGACAGGAAGUAAGUCUGGGACUCUCUACUGUGUUUCUAGUCUUUGUUAAAUUGUUGUGCUCAUAGCUGUAUUGUUCUCAGUAUGAAUAGCUCAUUUACAAGAUCCAUAGUUGAUAUGAGGGCACCUAGCCCAUUGCCAGCACAACAAAGAACAGAUUUUUCUGUUUUACUGUGACAAAAUGUUCCGUUAUUUACACACUAUAUAAUAUACAGCAGUAUAUUCCCGCAUGAUAAUCAUUCAUAACAAACUGUCCAUUUGGUGAAAGGUCUAAAAGAUGUCAUUUUGUGUAUAUUUGUAUUCAAUAUUUGUAAAUAUUUUUGUGUCACUGUUUAUUUUCUACAAAAUAAAUGAAAUGAAAUACCAACUU